AUGGCUCUGAAAUCUCUUGUUAAUUCAGGACCUAGUGAAUUUGCAAUUUGGGUUUAUAAGCAAAUGAGAGAAAUGGGAGUUGAACAUGACAGUUAUACAUUUCCAAUAAUGAGCAAAGCAGUUUUCUUGGUGGAUUUCGAAGCUUUUUGGCUGGGGAAAACGAUUCAUGGCUUAGCUAUGCAAAUGGGUUUCGGAUGUGAUGUUUACUUUUGUAAUACGAUGAUUGCGGUUUAUAGUAAAAGUGGGCGUUUUGGAGAUGCUUGCAAGUUGUUUCAUGAAAUGCCUGACACAGAUAUUGUUUCUUGGACAGCAAUGAUUUCGGCUUACGUUCGUGAAGACAAUUUUUUCGGGGCUUUCAGAUUGUUUGGGAAAAUGCAAAAUGAGGUGGAACCCAAUGCAGUGACAAUGUUAGGCCUGCUGCAAGGAUGUCCUAGUAUGGUCGAAGGGAGACAACUUCAUGGAUAUAUCAUUAAAAAUGGGUUAUUGCUUGAUCGCUCUGUGGAAAAUUCGCUGCUGAAUAUGUAUAUUCACGUUGAUAGUGUUUCUGAUGCUGAAAUUCUUUUUGGAGAAAUGGAUAAAAGGGAUGUAGUUACUUGGAAUAUAAUGUUGUCAUUGUACACUUAUAAAGGAGAUAUUACGAGGAUGAUUGGUUGUUUUCGACAAAUGUCUGGUGAAGUAGAUCCUAGCUGCGAGACGUUGACUCUGUUUGUUUCAGGGUUAGCAGAACGUGGAUAUCUAUUUGAAGGUAGACAAAUACAUUGUCUAGCUUUGAAGAAGGGACUUUUUGAUGAUAAAUUGAGGGCUUGUUUGUUGGAUUUCUAUGCAAAGCAUCGGGAGGUGGAUAUAUCUGCUAAGCUAUUUCAAGAAGUUCAUUACAGAAACUCUAUCACUUGGAAUACUAUGAUGCUGGGGUUUAUUGAAAAUGGGCUGUUUAAAGAGUGUAUUGCAUUGUUUAAGCAAAUGCUACUUGUAGGUGUCCGGCCAGGCGCUGAAAUACUGAGAACUCUUAUUCUUGCUUAUACCCACAUGGGGGCAGUACAAUUGGGCAAAGGGAUACAUGGAUACAUUAUAAGGAAGUCAUUUGUUGACUCUGGUGCUGCUACAACAGCCUUGGAAACUUCUAUCGUAAAUAUGUAUCUUAGAUGUGGAAGUCUUUCUGCUGCAGGCGUUUGCUUUGACAGAAUGGUAGGUAAAGACCUUGUGGCAUGGACAUCAAUGAUUGAGGGCUAUGGAAUGCAUGGAUUGGGUCUUCAAGCAUUAGAACUAUUUCAGAAAAUGGUGGAGGAAGGAUUAAAGCCAAACGACAUGACCUUCUUAAGCAUACUAUCUGCUUGUAGCCAUUCCGGCCUAUUAAGUGAAGGCUGCCAGAUUUUAUAUUGCAUGAGAUCAAAAUUUUCUGUUGAACCUAAUUUGAACCAUUACACCUGCAUUAUCGAUAUGUUAGGUCGGUCUGGAAUGAUAAAAGAAGGCCUGGCUCUCAUUUUUAAAUUGGUUCCUUUUCCAGAUAGUCGGAUUUUUGGUGCACUUCUAGCCGCCUCUAGAGUUUACAUGGACAAAAAAGUUGCUGACUAUGCAGCAAAUAGGCUCCUGGAAUUAGAACCUGAUAAUGCUGGAUACCACACCCUUAUCAGCAAUAUAAAAGCAAGUGCAGAGAAGUGGUUUGAAGUUGAAGAUUUCAGGAGCACAAUAAAAUCCAAAGAUUUGAUGAAGCUACCUGGUUGGAGUUGCAUAGAAGCAAAGGGGUUUCUUCACGGUUUUGUCUCAGGAGACAGAUCACAUCCUUAUGCGGAUUGCAUCCAGCAGACGUUAGAAAUCUUGAACAGAACCAUGCAAGAUGUGCUUAUGUAG